CCGUUACCAGAUAUACUGCAGUCCAGGUGUUAAUAGACCUCAUAAGAGGUUGUAAACAACACCAAACUCUUGAACCUACGUUUCCGAGACAGUCUAAUCAAGAUGGCAACCUGGACAGUGCGUAGCUCCGGCGUGAUUUUGAGCGUGUUGCUUUGCGGAAUAAUGCUAAUCCAUGGUCCUUUGUUGGUGGCUUCGGAGUGUUCAACUUUAGCAGGAAAGGUUCUGCGUAUUUCAUUUUUGGCAACGGCUUGUCCUGACGGAAAUGCCCCUCAUGUGCAGCUGGGAUAUACUUUGCCCUACACCGGUGAAAGGAUUUACCCAAUCAAAGAAUCUGACUUUCAAAAAAUAAUUAAUCUUUCGUCCCUCAUCCACGGAAUGGCCGUAAUUUCCUGCGAGUGUUGUCUGAAUACCUGUCUCAGGCUACGAGAUUGCAUUUUGUGUGAAAAACACAACUGACAGGAGCACACAUGCCCACAUAUGCGUAGGUGCAUGUACAACACACGUUAUGUACGUGUGUGGACUGAGAGCAUCUGCCCGCCCUGUGUUAGGCCUAUAUGUCUACCAGUAUAAGAGGGCGGUCCGAGCAUACAGAAUGGUCCUCAUUAGAAGAUAAUACUCUCAGUACAUCGGAACGAUAUAUGCUGAAUUGAACGCAAUGUGAAAAUUUGA